AUGGCGGCGGCUUCAAAAGCUCGCAUUAUUUCGAAGACGUGUCAGGCAGAAGACUGGCCUCGGCCAUGGGGAGAUCAUGGAUCGACACCUGCGCGAGAACCAAGUCACCCAGGAAAUGGGAGGACUUGGGCAAGCUCUUGCUCUGCUCAGGUGUCGGGUGCCUGGCGUCCCAUACUUGGUCCAGUCAAGCCACUGCUCAUUACACCCGAGGCUAUCGAUGCGCAUGCUUCAACCUCCUUGUCGUUCCAAGGAAACUACGACUGGGUGCAAUUGUUCCAACGAGCGAUCAGGGAGGAAUGGGCGCGACUUUAUCACAUGUCGUCUAUUGCCGCCAGUUGCUUUGUGGAUGCGAAGCACAAGAAAUGA